CACCCCCACCCCUACCCAUGCAGAAGAACCCCCUCGCCUCUCAGUUACGUGACUGUAACUCCAAAACAACAAGCAUCCCACUUUCCUUGUCUCUCUAUAAACCAAACCCCGAACAGACCCCGCCAUUAGAGCUCACACGCCGUAUGGAUGCCGUCUCGCCCCCCAUAAAUACCGCUACCUACAUCCCAACUAGUGUCCAACUUUGCUUCCUCGUCUCUCCAAACCCAGAAGAAUGGCUUCGCCGGCAAGGAGGUCCCUGGCCACUGUCAUCGCCGUCGCCGACGCCGCGUCGUGGUACCUCGCGCUGGCCCUCGUGGCCCUCGUCCUCCUAAGCUCGCUGCGUGAGGGCCCCCCGACGACGGCGGAGGAACUGGACGAGCCUGCGAGGGGCUGCGGGCCGCUGGUCCGCCGGCCCUGCGACGAGAUUUACGUGGUCGGUGAAGGGGAGACGCUCCACACCAUCAGCGACAAGUGCGGCGACCCGUUCAUCGUUGAGCGCAACCCGCACAUCCACGACCCCGACGACGUCUUCCCCGGACUCGUCAUCAAGAUCACCCCCUCAAAACCUAGGUAGAUGGAGAAUUCACACCACUGCGAGAUAUGGGAGUCCAUGAAACCUGUUGUUAAUUAACCUCCUCCUCCUACUCCUCCUCCUUCUCUUUUUUAUGGAGUCUGACUGUGGGACUUGUAUCAGUGUCAUGCAACCGAGUAAAACGAAGAAGUUGUGAAUUGAUUA